CAAACAAUCGAAUCGACAAAAAAGCGGCGCCUGCGCGGAAAGCGACACAGGCGCCUCCUCUCUUGGCGUGGCGAAUGUGCGGAGGGGCGCUGUAGAGGGCGGGCGCGGAGCGGGGCGGCCAUGGCGCUCCUCAGGGGUGUCUUCAUCGUUGCGGCGAAGCGAACUCCUUUCGGCACCUACGGCGGCUUGCUGAAGGACUUCACGGCCACCGAUCUGACCGAACAUGCCGCUCGGGCUGCCCUGGCUGCCGGCAAGGUCUCGCCUGAGAUCAUCGACAGCGUCAUCGUUGGCAGCGUCAUGCAGAGCUCUGCCGACGCCAUUUACAUCGCGCGACACGUCGGGUUACGGGUGGGAGUUCCUGUCCCGGUUCCAGCCCUCACCGUCAACAGACUUUGCGGCUCUGGUUUCCAAGCCAUCGCCAAUGGAUGUCAGGAAAUUUGCCUCAACGACUCCGAAGUGGUCCUGUGUGGUGGAGCUGAAAACAUGAGCCAGGCCCCGUACGCAGUCCGAAACAUUCGAUUUGGAACCAGAUUAGGAGCAGAACUCAAGUUGGAGGACACGCUGUGGGAAGGUCUGACUGACACGCACGUGAAAAUACCCAUGGCGGUUACAGCCGAAAACCUGGCUGCGAAGCACGGCAUCACGCGGGAGGACUGCGACCGCUACGCCUUCAAAACGCAGCAGAGAUGCAAAGCUGCUCAAGAGGCCGGUCGUUUUAACGCUGAGAUGGCGCCGGUGGAAGUGAAGACAAAAAAAGGGAAAGAAAGCAUGCAAAAGGACGAGCACCCGAAACCCCAGACCACUCUGGAACAGCUGGCAAAGCUCCCGACCGUCUUUAAAAAGGAUGGGACGGUCACAGCUGGGAAUGCUUCAGGGGUGUGCGAUGGAGCCGGCGCCGUCAUCGUGGCCAGCGAAUCGGCCCUCAAAAAGCACGGUCUCACUCCUCUGGCGAGGGUAGUAGCUUAUCACUCAUCUGGCUGCGACCCUUCCAUAAUGGGCAUCGGCCCUGUACCUGCCAUUACCGAGGUUCUGAAGAAAGCAGGACUGACCCUGAAGGACAUGGAUUUGAUAGAGGUGAACGAGGCAUUUGCACCUCAGUAUCUGGCCGUGGAAAAAGUGUUGGGCCUCGACCCUGAAAAAACCAACGUCAACGGAGGCGCCAUCGCUAUCGGUCAUCCCUUGGGUGCUUCGGGAGCACGGAUCACAGCUCAUCUGGUUCACGAAUUAAGGCGUCGUGGUGGGAAAUACGCCGUUGGGUCAGCUUGCAUUGGAGGUGGACAAGGUAUUGCUCUUCUCAUUGAGAACACCGCCUGAGAAAUUUCUGGAGACAUCGGCGUUGCCCAAAUUUACUAAUCCCGUGGAAAAAGCUCUGUUUUCUGUGACAGUAAAGCAUCACUGCCUCCCUUCACGUAUUCCUGCAAGAUUGAGGAAUAACCGAGAAGUCUGAAUUCUGAACGGGGAGAUUCAGUAACGUCUUUGUACCUAAAGCAAGUGUAGUACCAAUGUAAUUUCACACUGAUGAAGUAUUUUCUAAAAGCCUCUUUUCAAUCAAGUUUAUUAUAUUUCCGUAGGCAAAAUUCGUUUCAUUUCCUGAGGAAAUUGCCUGUCAAACUUUCACCAAGCCUGCCUUAAAAUAGCAGUGCGGCUUGUUAAGCCGGUAUUGCUUUAACUUUCCUUACUUCAGCUGCUGCUGCUGUCUGGCACAUGUGCCUCUUUUAUCAUCAGGAAAUGUGCAAACUUAAUUGGAGACCGUCUGAAGUACGUACCGGUUGUGGAUCGAUGGCUCUGACCCGUACCCUGCUAUUUUGCAAGGUAAAAGAGAAUGAGGGGGAGCUGAAAUUGUCAUUGUGCCUCUUAAAAAGAACAAUAAAGGUAAUGAAAAAGGGCUCA